AUGGCUCAAACCGACUUACUCUUUAAACUUCAGGCCAUCAAGAAUCGAUUUGAUGAAGUGGCCGAUUUGAUUAUUCAACCCGAUGUGUUGGCCGAUCAAAAACGAUAUGCGGCACUUAAUAAAGAGUAUAAAGAUUUAGAAAAAAUAGUAGAAGCAUAUUUGCUGUAUAAAUCUAAAGUGGAUUUAAUUGAAGAGGCCAAUGCCGUUAUCGAAUCCGAGUCGGAUAAAGAAAUGGUGGAAAUGGCCAAAGAAGAAAAGUACGCGGCCAUGGAAUUGCUUCCCACCAUGGAAGAUGGAAUUAAAUUGUUGUUGAUUCCCAAAGAUCCCGAAGAUGAUAAGCCGGCCAUUGUAGAAUUACGGGCAGGAACAGGAGGCGAUGAGGCGGCCAUAUUUGUAGAAGAUGUAUUUAGAAUGUACUCCAUGUAUUUUAAAAUCAAGGGGUGGCAAAUGGAAAUCUUAAACGCUUCUGAAGGUGGGACUAAGGGCUUUAAAGAACUUAUUUUGGAGGUUAAAGGCGAUUUUGUAUUCGGUACAUUGAAGUUUGAAAGCGGGGUGCAUCGUGUUCAACGGGUUCCCGAAACCGAAUCUCAGGGUCGGGUUCAUACAUCGGCCAUUACCGUGGCGGUAUUGCCCGAAGCCGAGGAAGUGGAUAUAACCAUAAAUCCAGCCGAUUUGGAGUUUCAGACCGCUCGAUCUAGUGGAGCAGGGGGGCAAAAUGUUAAUAAGGUUGAAACCAAGGUACAGUUGACCCAUAAGCCAUCGGGUAUAGUCAUCGUUUGCCAGGAGGCCCGUUCUCAAUUGGCCAAUAAGGAAAGGGCC